UCCAAAUAAUUGGUAAACAGAAUCUCUCAUUCGUUUGACGAGAUCACGAGAUGUCGGAUUCGAAUUCACCGAAAACAGAUACGAGCAGCCCAAGCCUGUCGAGAAACUUGCGACAAUUUCGAUUUCAAAAGAAACAACUGAAACCGUUAAACAUGUCGGAUGAUGACAGCUUUAAUCUAAGAUCUGAUAUACAGUUUCGUCGUAAAUCAGUGAAUGUAAUUGAAGAUAGUGAUAGUGAUGCUGGUAGUUCUUCUAAAAACACAGGUUUCUCAGAUCGCAAGGAUCAGGAAGUAGUUGAUAACACAAAUUGGGAUAGCGAUGAUGGCGAAGAAGAAAGUAGAAAUAAUAGAAAGAGGACCAUCAAGGGUUCUACUAAAAACAUGAAGAAAAAGAGAAGAAAAUUCGAAAGAGAAAAAGACGCUGACAUUGAUUCGGAUGAAGAAAUUUUCCAUAAGGAAAAAGUAUUUGAUAGUGAUGAAGAUUCAGACAUAGAAAUAUCUAAUGAGCUCACUGGUGAUAAAAAAGCAAUCUUGGAAUUCAUGCAAAACUCUGUUCCAUCGGAAUUGCUUUUAAUGCCUCAUUGUUCUCAGAAGAAAGUUAAUGCUAUCAUAGAGGCAAGACCAUUUAUGAACUGGAGGGAUCUCGUUCAAAAGUUUCAAAGUAAAAAAUAUUUAGAUACAGAACUGUUGAACUCAGCUCAGGAAUUACUGGCUACAAGACAUGCAGUAGAAACUCUCAUGAAGAAAUGCCUUCGUUUGUCUUCAAACAUAGAGAAGGCUGUAGCUGCAGGAGCUUCAACUAUCACAAAACAACCAAAAGGAUUAGCAUCAAACUUAACUUUAGCUUCCUAUCAAAUGGUUGGUUUAAAUUGGCUUGCUGUGAUGCACGCGCAAAACGUGAAUGGUAUACUAGCAGAUGAGAUGGGUUUAGGAAAGACAGUUCAAGUAAUAUCGUUUCUCACUUACUUGAAAGAGGCCGGCCUUAGAGAUGAGAAAGAUGGACCUCAUAUAAUAGUUGUUCCUAGUUCAACAAUGGAAAAUUGGAACAAUGAGAUGAAAAGGUGGUCACCUGGUUUGAAAGUUGUACAAUACUAUGGUUCACAAGAAGAGAGGAAAGAGAUGAGACUUGGUUGGCGAAAAGGUAAUCUAGACGACGUUGAUGUUUUGAUAACCACAUACAAUUUAAUUAGCAGCACACCAGAAGAGCGAAGAUUGUUCCGAUUUAUGCCGAUUGAUUAUGUUGUGUUUGAUGAGGCUCAUAUGUUGAAAAAUAUGAGCACUAUCAGAUAUGAGAACCUCGUUAGAAUUAAUGCGAAACAUCGAAUCCUGUUAACUGGCACUCCCCUGCAAAAUAAUUUAUUAGAAUUGAUGUCGCUCUUAAUAUUCGUAAUGCCUUCGUUAUUUGCUGGAAAGCAAGCUGAUUUAAAGAGCUUGUUUUCAAAAAAUCCUAAGCUACCAUCAGUAGAGAAUAGCAAACAGCCGCAAUUUGAACAGGAACAAGUUAAAAAUGCGAAACAGAUUAUGAAACCGUUCGUGCUUCGUCGAUUGAAAUCUGAGGUUCUUCGAGACUUACCCCAAAAAACUGAUCGUGUAAUGAGAGUUCCAAUGACGGAAAAGCAACAAAAAAUGUACAGAAACUUAAUAGCCGAGUUCUCAGCCGAAGCCGAUCGAAGCUCGGAAGUAAAUGGUAUUGGGAUGAUGAUACAGCUGAGAAAGUUGGCUAAUCAUACGCUGUUGGUACGAGAUUAUUAUAACGAAUCCAAGUUAAGAAUAAUAGCAGGUAGGUUGGCAAAGGAACAGGGGUACAAACAAAAGAAUCCGGAUUACGUAUUCGAAGAUUUGCAAUGGAUGUCUGACUAUCAGAUAAAUCAGUUGACAAGAACGUACAAGAGCUUGGCUGGGCUAGGUUUACCGCAAGAACUCAUUCCUGAAGCUGGCAAACUGAGAGUGUUAGACGAGUUACUGCCGAAACUGAAAGAAGAAGGUCAUAGAGUGCUAAUUUUCAGUCAAUUUACAAUGGUACUAGAUAUCCUAGAGGAGUACCUAACUAUUAGAGGAAAAACUUAUUUGAGAUUAGAUGGAAGUACACCGGUAACCGAUAGACAAUUUUUGAUUAAUCAGUAUACUGAAGAUGAUAGCAUAUUUAUAUUUUUAUUAUCCACAAAAGCUGGAGGCUUGGGGAUCAAUUUGACAGCCGCGGAUACUGUUAUAAUCCACGAUAUUGAUUUCAAUCCAUACAAUGAUAAACAGGCAGAGGAUCGUUGCCAUAGAGUAGGCCAGAAAAGACCAGUUAGCAUAAUUCGAUUAUUAAGUGAAGACACUAUAGAGGAAGGCAUGUAUAAGAUAUCGCAAGGCAAACUGCAUCUCGAAGAACAGGUUACACGUAACGAAGAAAAUGAGAGCACCGACAAGAAGGGAGUAUUGAAGUUACUUAAGAUGACGUUAGAUUUAGAUCACAAUAGAUCUUUAUCGCUGUCUCCGCCAAAGAAUGCAAGAACGAGUAACGGAGUGCUAAACAACGAAACAGACAGCGACGUAGAAUUUUAAGGGUAAUCUUAUAUUUAAACAUAUUUUUCGCUAGUUGGAAAUUUGACAACGUUUUUAUAUAUGUAUGUGUCCUUAAACUUUGUGAUAAAGUGCUGUUACACGUGCACAAAGAAGGUCUAAUUUAAAAAUUCGUCUUACGUAAUUUAUCGCAAAUAGUCAGGUACACGAAAG